AUAAAUGUGGAUAAGAAUGUGAAAUGUGUGUAGGAGGGGAGAUUUGCUGUUUCAGCAUUUUUUUUGUCCAUCUGACAAAGAGUGGGGGCGUGUUAUAUAAAAAUGUCUAAACGCAUUUUUUAAAUCAUUGUUCGCAACAUCGUUCUAUCGCCUCGUAUUGAAACAUCAGCGAUGUGGUCCAAUGCUGAAAUCGGUCGAGCAACGCGAGAGAAUCUUCCGAACAAGGAGUUCAACCAACCAUUAACAAAGAAAUCGCGCACACAUGAUAGCGAUAAUGUUCAUUCGGAAUGUAGAGUAACACGCGUGGUGCAUAUACUGGGGAGGAAAUAUCCCCUGACGGAUACAUUCUACAAGUAUCUCGACAUCGAGGUUCGAAUCGGUGGUUCCUGUGAUGUAGAGCUGGCUAUAGGAGACUCUCGUGGAAACGAAAUUAAAUUUUCUAUGGAUACGUGGAAAGAUCUACUACGAAAGAGGCAUAACAUUCUGCAGAUUUUUGCUGAUACAUCGGAAACCUCGAGCGAGCCGAUAAGCAUUAAUGAUGUAACAGUUAAAUUCCGACAACUAAACGACGUAAAACUCGCAAGACUCUCAAAUUCUACCGUCUCUAUGUUCAUGAGUGAAAAAACCGUACAAAAGUUGUUCGGUUUCGAAUAUUGUAUCGAUCACAUGUACAGUUGGCUGUCUGAAAUCUUGUACCUGGUAGAAUCUAAGUACAACAGGUUUAUAGAAAUAAUACAAAAUGCUGAAAUUAAGGAUUAUGCAAAGGCGAUUGUUGAAUCUGAAAAUUUUGAGCGUCAUUCAUUGAUUGACUCUGAAUUGUUAGCAUUAGGUUUAGAUGUAAUGUUGGAAUACAGUUAUCAAUAA